AUGAUCGAGCGCGCUCUCAAGCUAAGAGACCGUAUUGAUCGCUUUUGUAUCGAUCAUGCGGAAUCCAUGCACGGUUCAUCUAAUAAGAAGGCGCAGUCGACGGAGGAAUAUGAAUCCUUACUCAAGCAUGACUCACUGACCGCUGACGACUGGGCGGUUUUGACUGAGAUCGUAGCCUUCCUAGAGAAGUUCUACACCCUUACAAAGCGCGCGGAGGGGAGCAAAUUGUCGUCUGAUCGAGGCGUAUUGUCUGACUAUAUGACAAUCCUCAAUAUCCUUUUGAAGCAUGUCCGGGAGUACCGUGACGACUUUAAUUUCAGAGCCGAAAAUCCAGAUCUAACCUCUCCUGGCAUCCGCCAACUCUGUGCAUGUAUCGUCAAUUGCUGGACGAAGCUGGAUGAGUACUUUGCAAUGGUCAAUGAUACGCCGGCCCACUACGCUGCUAUCGUGACGAAUCCUCAAAUGAAGUGGAAGUACUUUGAGAGGCAGUGGAAGGACGCGCACCUUUGGAAGGAUGCCACCGACCCUGAAUCCUGGCUUCCGGGCGGCAAAAGGGCACUAAAUUCGCUCUGGGAAGAGUACAAAAACCUACCCGUUGCAGGACCGUCUGUCGGCUCUAAGAGGGCCAGGACUGCGGAUGAUUUCGAGCUUGAAACAGAUAUGACCCAGUGGGAUGAGGAAGAAAUGGAUGAGCUCGAAACCUGGCUUUGCCUUGAGGAACGAAGAGACGAAAGGUGCCUUGCCUUGAGGAACGAAGAGACGAAAGGUCUUAUGCCCCGCCCCAGGACCAUAACCUGCCUUCUCAUUGGUCGUUGA